AUGGCCGAGAAGCCUUCGGUCUUGAUCAUCGGGGGGCUUGGCUAUAUCGGCCGCUUCCUUGCCCUCUAUAUCCACCAAAACGAGCUUGCUUCCGAUGUGAGGCUCGUUGACAAAGUUUUGCCCCAAUUGGCAUGGCUGGCCCCUGAGUUCUCUGAGGCUUGCUCGCAGGAUAAGUUUAUGCAGGCUGAUGCCAGCAGACCUGCUGCUAACGGGGUGGUUUCACUAUUCACAGAAGGAUUAGCAAGGAUCUUCGACCGGGCCGACGGGAAACAAUGGGAUUAUGUUUUCAACUGCGGUGGCGAGACGAGAUAUUCGCAGGAGGACGAAGUUUACAAGUUGAGGUCUUUGAACCUCUCUAUUGCGGUCGGAAAAGAGGCAGCUAAGAGAGGCGUCAAGGCCUUUGUCGAACUGAGCACAGGCAUGGUCUACAAGUCGGAUUCAUCGCCAAGCAAAGAAGGGGACAAGCUGAAACCGUGGAACCGGAUUGCUGUGUUCAAGUUGCAGGCUGAGGAGGAACUUUCUAAGAUUGAAGGGUUGAACCUUAUCAUUGUACGCCUACCACACGUGUACGGGCCUUAUGCUUCACAGUGGGUUGCAACAGCAUUGUGCAUGGCCCGCACCUACCAACACCUGGAAGACGAGAUGAAGUGGCUUUGGACUAAAGACCUUCGAACCAACACAGCACACAUCGACGACGUGACGCGUGCGUUGUGGGAUAUCGCGGUGUGGUUUGACGCUGGCAAGUCAAAGUGGGACGAGGCUAGCAUGGGCAAGAUUCCCAUCUUCAACAUUGUGGAUGAGGGCGCGACGAGCCAAGGGACCAUAGCAACCAUCAUCGGCGACAUUUUCAAGAUCGAGACCGGUUUCCAGGGCCAGCUUAUCAGUACAUUUGCUCGACUUAACCUCGAUAGUGUCGUGGAUGACGUGAACGAUGAGCUUCUGGGACCUUGGGCGGACCUCCUUUCCGACGCGGGCAUCACGCGGCCGGGACCACUGACUCCGUUUAUGGAGAAGGAACUGCUUAAGGAUACGGACCUCAGUAUGGACGGCACACGACUCAAGACACUAUUGGGUUUUGAGUAUAAGAAGCCGGCUCUCAACAAAGAGUUGAUCGAAGAGGUGAUUGAGAGCUACAAGAAGAUGAACUGGUGGCCUUGA